CGAGCGCACCCACCACAUGCCUCUCUAACUCCGCCCCUCUGGUUAACUCCCCCAGUGACGACAGCAGAGUCCUCCCAAUGCGGGGCCUUUGAGGAUGGGUACUGGCUGCGCCGUGGUGAAAAACGUGUAUUCGUCCUGUGUGGUGUGUCAGUGACAAACAAACCAACCCAGGAGCGCAGGGAAGGGGAGUGUGCCGGAUUCAUUAACGCUGCAUCCGAAGCGCAUCAGUUAAAUAGAUGGAUCCAUAAAAGGAAAGUGGCAUGCAUGAAUGUCUUUGUGUGUGUAUGAGUGUGUGCAGAUAUAUGGAGGCGGCGGAGGAUUUCGAGGAAUUAGAAGUACACCGCUGCUGAUGGAGCUGCCUGGGCUGUGACUUGUGACUGCCUGCAUUGUUUCAUAUGUUUCCUGGGAUGGAUUAAUUUUCCUCCUCAACCAUCAAAGGAAUAAUAGCUGAUAAACUUAUCUUUUGGCUCUCCAUGAUUCUUGAAAGAGAGAUGGACGGGAUCGGGAACACCAUGCAGAAGAAGGCUGCAGAGCUGGAGCGGCUGGCCGAGGUGCUCGUCACCGGAGAACAGCUGAGGCUGCGGCUCCAUGAGGGGAAGGUAAUCAAGGACCGGCGGCACCACCUGCGAACUUACCCAAACUGCUUUGUGGCCAAGGAGCUCAUUGAUUGGCUGAUCGAACACAAGGAGGCCUCAGAAAGAGAGACGGCCAUCAAGAUCAUGCAGAAACUUUUAGACCAGAGCAUCAUUCACCAUGUGUGUGACGAGCACCGGGAGUUCAAAGACAUGAAGCUGUUUUACCGCUUCCGCAAAGAUGAUGGCACGUUCCCAUUGGAUAGCGAAGCCAAGGUCUUCAUGAGGGGGCAGAGGAUCUAUGAAAAGCUGAUGAACAUAGAGAGCAACCUAUUGCAGACCAGGGAGGAGGAGGGUGGAACGUUUGAGCGGACGUUGGUGGCUUCCGAGUUCAUCGAUUGGCUGCUGCAGGAGGGCGAGAUGGCGACCAGGGAGGAGACGGAGCAGCUGGGACGACGACUUCUUGAACACGGCAUCAUCCAGCACGUCACCAACAAGCAUCACUUUGUGGACGGGCCCCUCCUCUACCAGUUCAGGAUGAACUUUAGAAGACGGCGGCGACUGCUCGAGCUCCUUCAGGAGCGCGGCCGCAGCAUCCCAGAGAGCCAUGACAGCCCCUUCUGUCUCCGCAAACAGAACUCUGACGGAGGCAACACCAGCUUCCUCUCAGUGAGUCCCACUAAAGAGAUAAAGGUGGUGGUUGGAGUUCGUCGGAGCAGCAUGAGCAGCAGCUGUGGCAGCAGCGGUUAUUACAGCAGCAGUCCUACACUCAGCAGCAGCCCACCGGUCCUCUGCAACCCCAAGUCUGUUCUGAAGAGACAAGUGAGUCCAGAGGAGCUCCAGACACCAGGAGGACCUUUUAUAAAGAAGACAUUCACUAUUGUAGGUGAUGCUGUGGGCUGGGGCUUUGUGGUGCGAGGCAGCAAACCCUGUCACAUCCAGGCCGUUGACCCCGGUGGACCUGCAGCUGCUGCUGGCAUGAAGGUGUGUCAGUUCGUGGUGUCAGUGAACGGACUCAACGUGCUCUCUCAUGACUACCGGACCGUCAGCAACCUGAUCCUAACUGGACCCAGGACAAUCGUCAUGGAGGUGAUGGAGGAGCCGUAAUAUUCAUAGAAGAGAGGUGUAGCAACGACCUGAGGACUAGAAGGUUUAGUGCUUGACCUCAAAACCGCACAGAUGGAGAAAGUGGACAACUCGAAAAGCACUUCGCACUCUUUCUGUUCCAACGUUGUUUGGAGAAGGUGGAUGACUGAGAAACUGUGUGUGUUCAAGAACGUGGGUAGUCGAGUACAUGAUUCAACCCUUAGACAAAACACGCAUUUUGUUCUCCUUUUUUUUUUUCUUUGUGUUUGGAGGCAACGUGCAAGAUCCACUACUCCCGCAGAUCACGAUCCAACAGCUUCAGUGUACCCAAAAAGAUUCAGUCUCCUGACUUUAUGUGUGGAGGAAGGAAAAUCCAUAUCUCUGUGGUUUGAGUUUCAAACCAAAACUGUACGAUGAAUCUGUUGCUGAACCAGAUGAGAGUGUUUAAAGGAUGUCAGACGCAGUUUGUCAUUUGAAUCUGGAGUUGAACAAGUAAAAAAGCUGCAACCGUAACAAUGAGGAGGAAUAUUUCAUGUUGCCACGUUCAGUGACCUCUCCCCCAGUUAGUACUCAACUCUUGACUGGAGCUCCUGAUGGCCCUGCACUGCCCUCUGCUGGCAAGAACAGGAAGACACAGAUUUGAUAUGAAACUCUUUGGUUUUAGGUUUCUUGAUGUUUUUUUUUCCUUGCUUGGGAACUACCUAAGAAAAAAAAAGAUUUGUAUCAUUGUCAUGUGAAGAGUUACCCACAGUAUCAAAGGUAAAUUAAUCCCCAGAUGUAUUUACAUUUAGUAGGAAUAUGUAAGUGUAAAUAAUAAAAAUGCAGUGGUAAACUGUAUGACAUCAAUAGGCACAAUGUACAUAGUUACCAGACAUUACACUCAAACUGAAAGAAGCCUGGCUUUAGGAAGGCAGCAGUCGUACUAUUUUGUAACAUCACUACUAUUCAAACUAAAACUUCUUCAGUACUGAGAUCAUAUUGAAGACUUUAUAGAUAAUAAACAGGAUAAAUGACCCUUGAA